AUGGCUAUAGUACUGGUGUACAUUGACGACCUUAUCUUAACCGGAGAUCUCACUGAAGAAAUCCAGCGCAUGAAGGAAAAUCUUUCAAUCUGGUUUCAGAUGAAGGAGCUUGGAGAAUUGAAGCAUUUCCUAGGGCUCGAAGUUGAGAAGAUAAAGGAAGGUAUAUUCCUAUGUCAACAAAAGUAUGCAAAGGAUCUACUAGAAACAUAUGGGAUGCUGGAGUGCAAGCCACUAUUUACACCAAUGGAGCCAAACAUUAAGCUUCGUGCAGAAGAGGGGAAAGACUUAAGAUCCAAGGAUGUAUUGACAACUGUUGGAGUAGCAAGCCGUUACAUGCAAAAUCCAAAGAAGCCACACUUGGAAGCAGUUCGACAGAUACUAUGA